AUGCAGAAUUCAAGCGAAAAGUUGCACACUGACGAAAAAACAAUCGAAUGUUAUAUUUGCCACCAGAAAUAUUGGACAAAUGAGGAUUUAGAACUACACAUCAAACUACACACUCGCGAACAGAGCUUCGAGUGUGACAUUUGCCAAAAAAAGUUUAGACAAAAAGGAGGUUUAAAUAAUCAUCUUAAUGUGCACACCGGCGAAAAACCUCACGAAUGUGGUAUUUGCCACACAAAAUUUCGUCAAAAAGCGGAUUUGAAAAGACACCUUAUGGUCCACACUGGCGAAAAACCCUUCAAGUGCGACAUUUGCCAUGUUACGUUUAGGCAAAUUGGAGUUUUGAACAAACACCUCCAAGUGCACACUGGCGAAAAACCCUUCGAGUGUGACAUUUGCCUCAAUAAGUUUAAGUAUUGGAGAUCUUUGAAGAGACACCUCAAUCUGCACACUGGUGAAAAAAUUUUCGAGUGCGACAUUUGCCAUAAGGAGUUUAGGCGAAGAGAGAGUUUGAAUGAACACCUCAAGUUGCAUAAUGAGGAAAAACGUUUUCUGUGCGACAUUUGCCAUAAAAAGUUUGUGAACAAAUCAGCCAUGAAGAGACACCUCAAGGUGCACACUGCCAAAAAAGCAUUUGAAUGUGAGAUUUGCCAAAAGAAGUUUAGGAAAACAAGAGGUUUGAACAGACACUUCAGUCGGCACAUUGGUGAAAAAUAUGUCCAGUGCGACAUUUGCCAUAAGAAAUUUAGUCAAAGAGAGAGUUUUAUUGAACACCUCAAGGUGCACACUAGCGAAAAACCCUUCGAGUGCGACAUUUGCCAUGAGAAAUUUAGAGAAAAAGAUAUUAUGAAUGAACACCGUAUGGUGCAGCACGAUAGUGUGAAAGCCUUGAAGUGUGAAACGAAUGAAUACCUAGAGGAAUACAUUUGCGAAAUACCACCUGAAAGUUAUACUUGUGAUGAUGAAAAGUUCUCGACAAAAUGCCGUCUGAUUGGACACACCAACAAUGUAAAACCAUCCGAAUGUGAGUUUGAUGAACAUGUUGGUGAUUCUUUUCCAUCAGAAGAAGACUAUUCAAAAACCAAUAUCACUGAAGAUAAGUGCAAGAUCGAAAUAGAGUACAACGAACUUCCAUUGGACGGUGAAGAAGAUCUCGUUGAAAUAAAGAAAGAAGACAUCCUCAUUGGAUACUGA